AUGAUAAGUUCACUUCCCUUUUCACCUCUAUGUAGUGGGGAUAUUCAGCUUUUCUUCUGAUUGUUCAUCUGAUUCAAAUUGAUUAUGGUUGUCAGAACAUAAUCAAUCUGACAGUUGCUGUUUAAACAGGUGUAAGAAGACAUGGCAGCUGGAGUUGGACUGCUGCUUCUGCUCAUAGGAGUCUCUUAUGGUAAUAAAACGUUCUGUGAUGCCAGACACGAGGGAGCUCAAUGUUCUCAACCCUGCGGAGCAACUGUGUUUGUUCACCUGAUGGAUGAGGCCUCAAAAAAAAUAAUAUUCCAGUGGACAAAGGAAGCAACAAUAAUACUAAAUUGGAGAAACAAUGGACUCGUGACAAACACAUUAGAGAGCAGAUCCGAAUUUAUCUCCAACAACGGGACAUUUAGGAUCAGCAACCUUAGGAGCAGUGAUAGUGGUGAAUACACACUUAAACUUUUUGAUUCCAAUGGAAAAGCAACAGGAGGACGGACUCUGCAGUUGUACAUUGAAGGCCGGUCCCCACUAAGAUUUGGAGCAAUCUCUGCUCUGCUUUUGUUUUCUAUCCAUGUCGUUGUCUGUGCAAUCGUCAUCUGUGUCCAGAGGAAAAAGCAAAAAAGAAAAGGAGAAGAACUCCCUGCUGACUUGACCUAUGCUGUCGUCAGAGUGGUGCAACAGCGAGAGAGGAAGUCAGUGAAGCAAAACAUAGAGGAGGAGGUGGAGUACAGCCAAAUAAAGAUUGCAGGGUGAUUCCAGUCAAAUUCGACAGAAGAAAUGAGACUAUGUGCAAAUGAAGCAAACUGUUGUCUGCUUUGGUAAAGACUGCAGCACUCAUUGCAGAUCCACAGAGAAGAUGACGAUGUGGACUCCUGAAGACGUUUAACUGUUCUUUAAUCAUUGUAACUUUUAAGAAACCAUAUUUAGCAAUGCAAAAACAACUGCUUGUUUAACUUAAUUGUAAUAUUUGUUCAUGACUGUAAUGUUAAAUUAGGAAGUCUUGACAAAUUGACACUCAACCCAUUAAAUUACAAAAAAAGUUAAGAGACAAAUGUGCUGGAGUCCAAAGAAAAAUAUGUUAUUAGUCUUCAUAUUUUCCACAGCAGCUCCCUAUGGCAUAUGCAAGUGAAAAACAAAAUAAAAGUUGUUAAUGGUGAAA